AUGACAUCAGAUACCGAUCACAAUUUGACGUCUAGUGGCCAGAUCGGCCGUGCUUUUAGUGUGAUCACUGUCGAGCACGUAAGAUUCGCUGCGACAGAUCUACGCCUUGUGCAAAUUGUUUAUCUGCCAGGACAUCGUCUGACAAGCGAGCAAAAGAUUGAUUCGAUGGAAGAGCGCCUGAGCGGGAUUGAAUCACAACUCACGGAAACUAACAAUAUGCUUCGGGCUCUUCUUAGCAGAGGAGAAUUGGCAAGCACAGUAGAGCUGGCUACACCAACGCUUGAAGACUCGCGAGUACACUCGGAAGACAAUGAUAUCAGCCAGACUACGUCUUUUGGCGGCGAAACGUCCAUGAUCGCUCAUUCGCGAAGAGCUCGAGGUGACGUGGAGCGCUUGUUGCAGUCGAUACCGUCAACACGAGAUAGACCGGAAAUUUCUCUCGCUCUUGAUGCUCUGCGAAAAGCCACGCAAAAUCGUAGUGGAGACAGUUCCAGUCUUCUGCACGAUGUAUGCAGUAUUGAUUACCAAAAGAUCGCCCUAGACUCAUUUCCUCCCUAUGAGAUUGUUUUGGACAUGGUCAGGGACGCUCAAGCUAGCGACAGUCUUUUUUUCUUCAUCUGGUCGCCAUUCUUUACACCACCUGAAUUCCUGCAUCUUUGCAAUCAACUUUAUCAUAGUGAACACCUGCUCGCUGGCCAUCCGAACGAUAGUGAAUUGUCUGCCAAGAAGACAAGACAUGAUCCCGCCUACUGGUCCUUCGCAAGCGCAUUCCUUGCCCAUUUCGAAGCUUAUCUGCGCAGCUACAGCGUCUUGACUUCGCCAUCUACCGAGAACGUAAUGGCGAUAGUUUUCGGUGCUGCCCACGCAAUUCAGAAGGCCGACUUUGCAUCAGCUUGGCCACUAGUGUCUAUGGCUUGCAGUAUGUGUCAAGCUCUUGGCUGGCACAAAAUCUCGGAACAGAAUUUGCAACAAACGCAAGCUCAAAGGAUUCUGUUCUGGGUAGUAUACUAUUUUGACAGAUGCCUUUCGCUACGACUCAGUCGGUCUGCCGUUCUCCAAGAUAAUGACAUCACCGUCGGCUAUCCGAGCGAGCCCUCACGACCCGAAUACAGAUCUUGGUAUAUGUGGUUUCGAAUAUUGGUUGAUGUCGCCACUAUGCACGGUCAUGUUUACGAGAGACUUUACAGCCCAGGAUCAAUGAAGCACUCCUCUCGGCAAAGAUCGGAUUCCAUCCAGGAGCUGGUCACCGGCCUGGACGCAAUAUCGAAGACAAACUCCGAGAUAAUUAAGACGACCAUGUACCGGAAGCAGUAUAUGGUAUUCCUGGUCAAGUCCAAUUUAGUAGUGAUCGGCUGUCUGCGAACUCUGAUAUACCGAUCCGUGGUCCCAGCAGCAAGCGAAACACAUAUCAGUCUGGAUCCGCGAUGUGUUCUGGCCGCACGAGAUACUAUACGUUAUCAUUUGGAUGUGACCGAGAUGUUACAAGGGAAGCAAGACGGCAGUGCAACUGAUUACGCCAGUUGGACCAUCUUGAAUUGCCCCUUUACACCCUUUGUAGUUCUGUUCUGUCAUAUCAUAUCGACUUUUGACGAAGAUGAUCUCAUCCUACUCCAGAGCUUUACAAAAUCUCUCGAAGACACGGACACCAGAUCCCCGAACUCGAUGAAAGACUUCCACAACUUGUGUGAGGCGUUCUCAUCACUUGCGAGACAGUACGUGGCAGCUUGUAAGAAUGCUUCAAGCGGGUCAGCGUUAUUUGCGCAGACCACGGAUUCCGCAGGCGAUCUCAAUUUCCUGCUGCCGGAUGGAUUUGAGGAAUGGCUCUCAGGUAGUCAAAACCUUGAUCAAAUCGAUUGGACGAGCUGGGCCGCGGAAAUGACGUGA